AUGUGGUCGGCGCCAUCGACGCCACCGACCCCAACCCGGCGCUCAUUCACCUACGUCCCAUACCACCUUCAGAACCAACCGGCAUUACCACGUGGCAAACCUCCACAGUCACCAUGGCGCGUGUCACACUCGCCCGCCUCAUCGCUCAGUCGCGCAUUCUACAUCUCCCCAUUCAGCAUGGACGACGACCCAUGGGCAGAUGCCCAGAGCCCACGAUCGGGCACGCCGACAGCAUUAUCUCCCCGGCCAUCGGGCGAGGUAGUGGGUGAGUCCCCCCUCGUCCGCAGCAGUAAGGACGGAGAUCUGGGCUCGCCCAGUGCCGAUCUGGUGAGGGUGAGCCUCUCGAGCCUAGAGCCAGCAAAGGGGGAGGGGCGCUCCAUACCACCAUCUCCAUCUAAGCUCGUCUCUCCAUCCGAGCCCGCCUCAUCUCUGCCCAAGAACGCUGGCUUCGACGACAUCCCGCUCGACAACCACCUCUCCGACCCAUUCGCCUCUGACCCAUUCUCCACCGACCCGUACGCAGGUCCGUUCUCCUCCAAGGCCUUUUCUCCACGCGACUCCCCCUCGACGUCUCCCAAACGAGCAGCGGACCCAUUCACGACGUCUCCAUCGAAGCGUGCCGCCUCCCCAGACCCCUUCGCAGCCGACGCAGACGAGCACGAGUUCUUCUCGCCCAUGCCUUCCGCCAUUGAGGCGUUCGGGUCGCCGCUCAAGCCCGCCGACGAUUCUGGAGCGGCGCUCUCUCAAUCUGCCUCUCCAAAGGAUGACACGCCUUCUUCACACAAUGCACCUGGCGCCUUUGACGCCAACGCAUCCCCAGCCGCCAAAGCACUUGCGAGCGACUUUUCCCCACCCGCAAACGACUUCUCUCCACAUGUCAUGGACGACUUGGCCGCAGCACCCGCCAAUGACUUUGACGACUUGGCCGCAGCACCCGCCAAUGACUUUGACGACUUGGCCGCAGCACCCGCCAAUGACUUUGACGACUUUGACGACUUUGAUGACCCAGCGCCGGCAGACUUUGGUGGCGACGAGUUCGGAGACUUUGGGGAUUUCGGGGACGCUGACGUCGCACCAAUGCCUGCCGCGCCAGCGCCAGUGCCAGCACCAGUAGAGGUCCGAUGGUCCACGCUCAGCCUGCGUCCUGUCCCGCCCCGGCUCGAGCUGCUGCAGCGCCUCAUGGGCGUUCUGGAGCCGCUCGUGCCCAACCAUUCGGACUUUACGGACGAGCCGCCGCGUGCUGUUGGGGGGUUGUCGCAGGUGCUAACGUCUGAAUCUAGUCGCGACGUCUACGCACAACUCACCACUGCACCCAUCCUCAAGCCUCUGGACUGGACGCGCUCCCGCGUCCGCCGGGAACACCUCAUUGCCAUGGGCGUCCCCGUCAAUCUCGACGAGGUCGACUCGCACCGCCUCUCCGCCCUUCCUCCACUGCGGAUCACGACGGCCGACAUGCCGGCGCGCAGUCAGUCAGCCGCCCCCGCCCCGCAGAAGCGACACUCGCUCCCGCCUCCCGGACCAGCCACCGCAGGAGCGAGUGCACCAGUGAGCGCCCGCAACUCACAUGUAGACAAGUACGAUCUCGGCCCACGUCCCGUCCUCGACACGGCGCGGGCGGAGGAGCUCUGCGGCCUCGAGGAGGAACAGCUCGCGCUCCUCACCCUAUCGAAGCUGCAAGCGCUCCAGGCCGAGCUCGAACAGACAACGGCCAGCGCGAGCGGCCUCCUCGCCUACCUCCUCCAGCUCAAGGAUGCGCUGGGAACCGAUUCGCGUACAUACAACGGCAUGAUUUCGGAGCUCAUCGCCAAUGCGGCCAAGCAAAAGGCGCCGAGCUCGGGCCUGUUCCGCCGUUCAACGGGGCCGCGGUCUAGACCCACGAGCAUGAGCGCGACGCCGCGGCGCGUAGGCAGUCCGGACGGGUACGCAGCCAACGUCAAGUGGUGGGGUGAUGCGAUUUCCGCGUCCCUCAAGGCGGGGUAUCUUGGCGACACGCUAGUGCUUCACCCUUCACAGCUACCGGACAAGUUUGCGAACGGCACCCAACGUCCCCGCGGACUAGUCGGGGUCCUUGACGCCCUCACGCCAGCAACACUUCUCCCGCUGGCACGAUACGAUGCGCAAACGAUGCCAAUCGACGCUGCGCCCUCCCUCGGUUCUCGGGUCGCUGGCGGCGUCCUCGGUGCGGGGUGGGCCGUGCUGGGUCGUCUGUCGCCCUUCUCUUCCUCGGGCCCCAGUGAAGAACAACUUUGGAAGGCUACGAGCGACGACUUAGUCCAUCUUCCCAGCAUCCGGUCAGCGGCCGCGGCCUGGAUAGCACAUAUCACGGCUAACCCGCCCCUGAAUUAUACGGACAGCGUGUUCUCGCGCGCCUCGUUCACUCUCGAGUUCAAGGAUAUCAUGUCCACUCCCUUGUCGACGGCCGAUAUGAAUAUCCUCCUGCGGUGGCUGGAACGCGAUGCGCGCCGGAUCGUGGUUGAUGGCGACAUUAUCAAGAUUGGCACUGGUCAGGUUUCGGAGGCGGACCGCGGCGCGGUCGCCGUCUCGGACGCGCUUGAGCGAGUUGAGAGCCAAGUUGUCGCCGCUGAGAAGGAGGCGGAAACGUGUACUGUCAAAGCGCGGGCUAAGGUUGCGUCGGGGCAGCGGAGUGCGGCGGCGGCGUACCUCCGCAGUCGGAAGGGGUUGGACGACGUUGUUGCGAAGCGGGUAGCGGCUGGGGAGCAGUUACGUUCUGUGAGAAGGGCGCUGAACCAGGCCAAGGAUGAUGCCGAGAUGAUUUCAGUUUACGAGGCGUCUACGGCCGCGCUGGCAUCUGCGCUCUCUGAUCCCCGUCUCUCGCCGGAGCGUAUUGCGGCUACUACGGACGCGCUGGCGGAUGCAUUGGCCGACCAGCGCGAGAUCGACGACGCUGUGCGUCUGGCCGGCGUUGCGGUCGCGCCGGAUGUGGAUGACGACGAGCUUGCUGCCGAGCUCGAGGCGCUUGUUAUCGAUGAGAAGAAGCGGCUCGAGGUCGAGGCCAAGGAGCGUGCCAGGGCCGAGGCUGAGGCUAAGGUGCGCGCCGAGGCCGCGGCUAAGGAGAAGGCUGAGAAGGAGGCCAAGGAGGCUAAGGAGAAGGUGGAGCGGGAGGCCAGGGAGAAGGCCGAGAAGGCGGAGAAGGAGCGUAUUGCCAAGGAGAAGGCCAAGGAGGCAGCCGAGGAGGCGGAAAAGCCCUCGAACACGUCGCUCGCCAACGCUGACUGGGCGCGGCGGUACGACGAGGCGCAGGCCCGCGAGAUUGCUGAGAAGGCGAGGUUUGAGGAGGAGCGCCUCGCGCGCGAGGCUCGCAUGAUGCCCGCCGAAUAG